AUGAACAAAUUUAAUAUUUUUGUAUAUUACUAUAUUUCUUUAUUCUACUCUGCAUGCUUUGGAGAAGAUAGAUUUGUUAGCUACAUCAAUGGCAAUUAAGACAUGGGUGUCGUUAAAUUCAACUGCCCAGAUUCAUAAUCAGUUUAGUUUAAAAAUUAAUUCUAUGGAUCGCCUCUUGAAACGAUAUAUACUUAUAAUUUUAAUUUUGAAACAAAUAUUCCUCAUUUUUAAAAAGAAGUUAAUAUAGAUUUUAUUUUUUUCAGAAAGAAUGGAAACAAUCAAAUCACAGUUUCAUUGGAUGGAGUAAAUGAAAAUAAAUUUGAAAUAUAUUAUCCUUUCUUAAUUUAAGAAUUAUGUAAUUCAAAAUAUGGUGGGUUAAAAGAAGCUUAUAAAUAAUUCGAAUAGCUAUUAAAAUAUCGAUAAAAAUAUUAAUAAAGCGGAAACUAAAUUUAAGUAUCAGUAAAUGAAAAAAAGCAAAUGUUUAAUUUUAAAGCUCUAGUUAUUAGUUCUAUAUAAAUCAAUAUAAAUACAUGCCAUUAAACAUGUUUAAGCUGUAAUGAUUCAAGUGCCAACUCUUGCACUUCAUGCUCUUAAGAUGCUAAUUUUUAAAAUGGUAAGUGUUCUUGUAAAGAUUCAGGCUAUUUUUUCUAAGAUGGGUAGUGUGUUAAAAUUUGUAGUAAUGCCCAAGGUUAUCACUAAAAAAUAUCUUCAGAAUAAGUAUGCACUUAUAUAUAAAAUUGUUAAUCAUGGGAUAUCAAAAACUAAAAGUGUAUAAAGUGCUAAGGUUUAAUGCUGCCAUAGUUCGAUAAAUGUGUUAAUAAUUGUUCUUCAGGAUUUUAACCUGUAUUAAAUCCUGAAACGAAAUCCUAAGAAUGUCUUUUAACUGACAGAUAUAAAAACGGAACCCCUAAGGAACUUAUCUCUAAUAUUAUUAGCUUUUCAUUCAAACGAUUUUUCAGGUAUUGA